AUGAAGGCCUUGAUCCUUGUGCUGACGGUGGCGUCGACGUCCUGGGCCGCGAGUCCGCCAGUGGACGGCUAUGACUACUCGGGCCCUGUAGGGCAGGGGUCGGGGUCGGGCUUCCAGUGGGACGUCAACGACGGCCCCUCUCGCAACUUCUACGGCCACGGCGAGGAAAGGCAGAAUGACGACACGCAGGGAAGGUACUACGUGCAGCUUCCCGACGGGCGCCGCCUGGUGGUCGAGUACUUCGUGGACAGCGCCGGCUUCCACCCCACCGUGUCGUUCGAGGGCGAGAUCACGGCCGGAGGCCAGGGCCAGUAUGGCCAGGGACAGGGCGGAGGCGGAGGCGGAGGUCAAGGAUCAGGCUUCUCGGGCUCGGGGGCUGGGUCGAAGCCGUCCCUGUCCUACGGGACGCCCUCCAAGUAA